UAGAUCUAGAUCGUGUCUGCUAUUUUGCGGUGGAUUCGGCAAAAAAUAAUGUCUAAGAAAAAAGGUCUGAGUGCUGAUGAAAAGAGGUCACGAAUGACUGAAUUCUUUUAUGAAAAGAAGGAUUUUUUUCAGCUAAAAGACUUGGAAAAACUGUGUCCAAAAGAGAAGGGGAUCACUGCCAUGUCAGUGAAGGACGUGGUACAGAGCCUUGUGGACGAUGGCAUUGUGGACUCGGAUAAAAUUGGAACUUCUAUUUACUUCUGGGCAUUUCCAAGCAAAGCCAGCCAAAAUAGAAAAAGAAAGCUGGACGAGUUAGAAAACAAAUUGAAAGAGCUGGAGGCCAAGAAACAGCAGCUGGUUGCCACUGUAGAAAAAUCAAAGGAAGGAAAAGAAGACACAGAUGAGAGAGAAGAAGUCCUAGAGGAGCUGAGCAAACGCCAGCAGGAGAAGAAACAGAUCCUGGAGGAACUGGAGAAGUACAAGGAAUGUGAUCCUGAGGUCCUAGAGCAGAUGAAGCUGGAGACAGAGCAAGCCAGGGAAGCUGCAAACAGAUGGACAGACAAUAUUUUCUCCACAAAGUCAUGGAUAAAAAACAAAUUUUCUUUUGAGGAGAGUGUCAUAAAUCAACAGUUUGGGAUACCUUCAGAUUUUGAUUAUGUUGAGUGAAAAAAUUGUGUUAUCUCCCAUUUACAUAGUCCUGCAGUGCUUGCCAUUGACUCAGCUGCCCUGCUUACAGCCUGCAUUGUUUCCCUUGGAUGUCAAGUUUUGGGAUUGUAUUUCCUGUGUGUAUCAGGGUGGGUCUCAAGUUUUGGGAUUGUAUUUCCAGUGG